AUGUCUAACGAAAGCCGUAUUAAUUAUUUAUCUCCAAUAGGCGACACUUUUCAAUCCCAACUUUCUUUUGAUUCUGAAAUUCCUCUUCAUCAUGAACAAGAUACAAUAACUGGAACCACGUUAUCUCUUAUUUAUGAACAAGAUAUAGAUACUCAAACUACAUCCUCCAUUAUCGAUGAACAAAAAAUUCAAAUUGAAUCCAAUACACCUUCUAAUGCACAUGCAAAAAGUAAUGUUUGGGAUUAUUUUACUAAGCCAUAUGGACCACCCAAAAGUCUCAAAACAAAAUGUUCUAUUUGUAAAAUCGAAAUUUCAUAUCAUGGUUCACCUUCCUCAUUAAAACACCAUUUGAAUAAUAAACAUAAAAAACAAUUACAACAUAUUCCAAGACAUGGAACUAAGAGAGAUAUUAUAAAUGCCAUCUACUGGUCAAAUAAAGCAAAGGAAAAUGGGGAUACAGAUGAUGAAUUAUUAGAAGAAAUAAUAAAUAUUUCAAAGAUAGUUCCAUCUGGAAAUUUUUUUAGGCGCAAAUCUACAUAUUUCGGAGAUUUACGACUUGUGCAACUUGAAAUUGUGUAUUUCAUUCUUGAUGACUUUGGAAGGAACAAUGGGAUAUGGGACACAGGGACAGUCAAAAAAGCUGGGGACAUGCAAAUUUGA